GCACGGACGCGAUCCAUGCAGAUCUCCACAUCUUGUCUUGACUCGGUUCGAGUUCGCGCUCGAGGAACACUGUGCUUGCCGCCCUGAUUUUGGAAGCCGACUUUCUGGGCGUUCGAGAACUUUGGCGUUACGACAGCGGAAGGGUCCUCGGCCUCUUGCACUGACGCUGAUCAUUAGACCGGAAAUGACGACAUUGAGCCUGCAGUCGACCGUGCGGCUGUCCUCUGGUGAAGGUUUUGAACCGACGGCGUCAUCGUCGACCUGUAUGGCACUCAUUUCAGUCCAGGAUAUGACAUGCCGUUGCUCGGAUUCGGCGUGUAUCAAAAUUACACCACAAAAGAAUCGGUUCUCGAGGCGCUCGAGGCGGGCUACAGGCACAUUGACUCUGCACAGGCCUAUCGGAACGAAGCUCACGUCGGAGCUGCUGUGAAAGAAAGUGGGAUACCUCGAGAGGAGGUCUUUGUGACGACGAAGUGUAUCAACAAAACUCAUGGAUAUGAGAGCACGCUGAGCGGCGUCAAUGCGUCCCUCGAAAGGCUCGGAUUCGAUUACAUCGACUUAUUUCUGAUACAUGAUCCGAUGUCUGGGCACGAGCGACGCCUGCAGACUUACAAAGCACUGCAAGAUGCUCGAGCGGUAGGUAAAAUCCGAACCGUCGGGGUCUCGAACUACGGAAUAAAGCACUUGGAAGAAAUAAAGGACGCUGGUUACGAAAUGCCUGCAGUCAACCAGAUUGAGUUGCAUCCAUUCUGCCAACAGAAGCCAAUCGUAGAGUACUGUCGCGCACAUUCAAUAGUGGUCCAGGCGUAUUGUCCCAUACUACGGGGGAACAUGGAUCACCCUGAAAUUAUCAAACUUGCUCAAAAGUACCAGAUAGACCCAGCCCAGGUACUGUUGCGAUGGUCGCUGCAGAAAGGGUUCGUUCCACUCCCAAAAUCUGCCACGCCCGCGCGGAUCCGAUUGAAUUCGCUUCUCUACGACUUCGCGCUAGACGACGAGGACAUGGCGCGGCUGGAUGCUCUAGAUAAGGGCAAAACCGGAUCCAUCAGCUGGAAUCCAGUCGAUUGGGACUGACUCAGCGGCAGUACGGUGUUCAGUAUUACUAUACGUACCCAGCACAUGGCGCUCUGAACCUGAGACGAGACGACAAUACAAUCGUUACAUCAUCGACCUCGUUGGCAGUCGCUAACGCUCCACGGACGACAGCGUCUUUGCCAACGCCGCGUGAACCCGGCACUUACAUGCCACACGUCGAGGCGCGCAGGCAUACCCAACCACAAGCCCAAGCCGAGUAAGUGUGAGCGACUGUCCCGAUAUAGAGCAGACAACACUGUAGCCUGC